AUGUCGUCUGUACCUGAAGAUAUUAACCAAACUCCACUGCAAACUGAUACUUCUGUGUUAACGCAACCAGCAGCUUCACCCACCUUAUUUGGAGCUGCUGGUAUUAUGCAAAGUGGACAGUCGCUUGUUUCCUUUAAUGGAAGUGCUGGUAGUACAAUUUUUAAAGAUAAUAGGAGCACCACUGCAAGCUCAUCUCGUCCCGUACUUUCGUAUGUUACCCACUACAGCGAUUCCGGUUUCUCGAGUACGCUUAGCACCGGCUCAAGCUGCUCAUAUCUGCCACCUCCGCCACCGUACCGGAUGCGCGGUUCCGGUAAAGCGCAACGGAUCCACCGAAGUUUAAGUGAUUCUAAAUAUGGUACCACAAGUAGUGGACAUAUGGUUGCACUACCAAUAGUAAGAAAUGGCGGAAGUGUACAUCUUUUCCAGGAUUUACAGAGGCCACAGAGAGGAGGCAGUUGGACGUCUCGUGUAAGUGUUGUGUCAUCGUCUAUUGAAAUUACCUGA